AUGCUACAGCAGCUGUUGAUUGGUCAAACCCAAGGGAAGAUUGAGGAAGCCAAUAGAUUUGCUGAGUUGAACAGGAGGAUAACAGAUCUUUACAGUGACCUAAAUGGAAAGUUUGAUACACUUACUUCAAGGAUUACAACACUGGAGGAUCAACAAACUUCUGCCUCUAAGCAAGAGAACAACAAGGGAAAAGCUAUUGUGCAAUCUAUAGAAAGUGCCCAUGCCAUUAAUUUGCGCAGUGGAAGAGUUUUACAGGACAAAAAGGGAGCUUUACAAAACACUGAGGACAGUGUGGAACAAGAGGGGGAGGAAUUUCAAGAAGAAGAGAAUCAGGAAGCUAGGUCCAUUCCCCCUCCUUACAAGCCUCCUUUGCCCUUCCCAGGAAGGUUUAAGAAGCAAAUGGUUGACAAGUAUAAAGCAUUGUUUGACAAACAAGUUAGAGAGAUUGAGCUUAGGAUGCCCUUGAUUGAUGCUUUUGUGAUGAUUCCUCCUUACCAGAAGUUCUUGAAAGAUGCUGUGAUGGAAAGAAUCAAAGAAGUUCAGGGGAUGGUGCAUCUUAGCCAUGAGUGUAGUGCCAUAAUCCAAAAGCAAGUGAACCCUCAAAAGUUGAGAGAUCCAGGCUCCUUCACUAUACCUUGCUCAAUAGGACCUUUGACUUUCAACAGAUGCCUUUGUGAUUUGGGAGCCUCAGUGAGCCUCAUGCCUUUGACAGUUGCAAGGCGCCUUGGAUUUACAAGGUAUAAACCAUGCAAUAUAUCUUUGAUCUUAGCUGAUAGAUCAAUAAGACUACCACAUGGUGUUUUGGAAGAUCUACCUGUUAGAAUUGGAGCAGUAGAAGUCCCAACAGACUUUGUAGUCUUGGAAAUGGAUGAGGAGCCAAAAGAUCCCUUGAUUUUGGGAAGACCUUUCCUUGCAACAGCAGGAGCAAUAAUAGAUGUGAGAGAAGGGAAGAUUGAUCUCAACUUAGGAGAUGACCUAAAAAUGACAUUUGACAUUCUUGAAACUAUGAAGAAACCAACAAUUGAAGGACAAGUCUUUUGGAUUGAGGAGACCCGAAGGGUGAGCUUCUGGCGGUUAGAAACUUCCCCCGGUCUUUGGCUUGAGCUGUAUGAGGCAGAAACAUUGCUCGGAGUGUCGCAAGAGACUGGAUAA